AAGAAAUGGCCAGACGACAAAUUACGCAUGCGCAGUAGUCGGCGCUUUAACAAGUCUUGAGGAGGGAACAUGAAGGCAGUUGCAGGUGGACUUCAAUAACAGGCGAGUUGAGCUCGAAACACUUUAAAUACACCCGAGUGAAACGCGCUCUCCUGACCGUGAGCGUUGUGUUACGUGUUCGUUAUAACAGCGUCGCUUCCGGAAGUGCGUUUCGCUUGGUUUUAAACUAGCCGGGCUAAACGUUAGCCGGCUAGCUAGCUAGCUGUUAUUGUUUUUCAUGAUUUCGCGAGACCCAAAAUGGAGGAGAAGAAUCGUGCCAGUGUCGCACACAGCCACUCCCGAGUCCCCGCACUGAAAUGUCCCCCCCCCCCGGGUGCCCCACGCAAAGCUCUAAAUCUUCCCGAAGUGAAUACUCUGUGCCUGCAUUAGCCUCUCAGUUUUCCUAAUGUACUGCUAAGGUAGCCUAGCUUCAAUUUCGAACCCGGUGAACGCUUUUUUUUUUUCUUGGGGAGAAGGAUGCCUGGGGAUCAGGCGCCGUCUCUCGGCUUCGCUGCUCCGCGGGUUUUUCACAGUGUGAGUAGUCGGUGGGUGCAUUUGACCACCCGCCCCGAGGCCGCGCGACUCGACUUUUAACGCGCAAUAACGCGACGUCUCCGCCUUUUGUUUUGCAGGGAGAGCCGCUGCCAAGUUCUCAGUGCUGCGGUUGAAAUGCACCGCCGGGGCGCUGCAGGAUGAGACUCUGGUCGUCGUGUUCGCCAUGACUCUGAGGUCCACGCUGUUUCCAAACACGGGCUUCAAGCAGGACACGGACUCCAUCGACAAGCCGCGCUUCGGGGCCGCCGCGGGCCUCAAGAGGGAGACCGGCGACCUUGUCUCAGAUGUUCGUAACGCACGCGGGGUGGAGAUCUCGAGCAGAUCCAGGGACUUAGAGCAGCAUUACAUGAGCAGCAAAGUUUCCCUCGCAGCCACGGUUGCAGGAGUAGUUCAAGGAGACAAUAAAACUGUGGGGGCGUUGUCCCCUGCGAGACAAAUGGGGGGUGAGGGAACCCCAGUGAAAGGUAAACCCCUCUCUGCCGACACUAUGGACAACCCUCAGAUGGCUCUCCACAACAACCCCAAGGAUGCAGGCGCGGAUGAAAGCGUGAAGGGUGUUGUCCCCGGGGUCCUCGGGACGGCAUCCAUUGAACUAUCUGCCGAGGGCAAGUGGAGGAACAUCAGGAAGACGCCUGCCAAUCCCCACACGCAGGCCAACUGCCUCCGGCAGAUUCUCCUGCUCCAACUGGACCUCAUUGAGCAACAGCAACAGCAGCUGCAGUCCAAGGACAAAGAGAUAGAUGAGCUCAAAGCAGACAAGGAGACGCUUCUUGCACGCAUUGAGCGCAUGGAGCGUCGCCUGCAGCUGACGAAGAAGGACCCGCCACGCGACAAGCGCCUCUUCCAGCCCCUGGAGCCAUGGACCCCCGACAAAGAGGACCUGUGGGAUCUGGAUCCCGAGGAGAGUCCGCAGCCCAACGCGGCCACGCCGCUCCUGUUCAGUAGGGGUGGUAAAGGUCAAAAGAGGAAGUCUUGCUUCGGUGACGCCAAAGUCCAGAAGUCACGCGGCAAAAGCGCUAAGCUCAGCCCCCAGAAACCCGAAAGUCAGCCCGGCUCUCCAAACCAGAGAGAGCUGCGCAGCAAAGAAACCCCAGAGAAGACCCUUCCCAUGAGAUCAGGGUCAGAAAGGGACCUCGUGCUCCCGUGCAAAGAGGAGCCCGGGCUGAGUUACCAGAUCGAAGACCUGCCUUUCAUGUCUACUACAGAGAUGUACCUCUGUUGCUGGAACCAACCUCCUCUUUCGCCUCUGCGUGAGACUUCCCCUAAAAAGGAAGAAGAGGUGGCCAGUGAGUGGACUCCUCAUGUAGUACACGAUAUGCUGAUUGUUUUCCCUUCAUGGAGAGAAAAUCCCAUUGAGCCUCUGGACGAGGACCCGUCCUUUAUUCCCCCCGAGCCGCUGGAUGACAACGUUUUCUUGAAACGCCAUUCGAAACUGGAGUUGGACGAGAAGAGAAGGAAAAGGUGGGACAUCCAGCGAAUCAGAGAGCAGCGAAUGUUUCAGCGUCUGCAGCAGCGCAUGAACCGAAAGAAGGUCGUCCCGGAGACGGAGCCCGAGCUCUCGUCCUUCUACCCAGACACUGAAGACGUUGAAACGAUCAUGAUCACUCCCUUCUUGCCCGUGGUUGCAUUCGGCCGGCCGUUGCCUAAACUCUCACAACAGAACUUCGAGUUGCCCUGGCUGGACGAGCGGAGCCGCUGCCGCAUCGAGGUGCCCAAAAAACACACCCCUCACCGGACGUGUCGGAAGUGAAGCCCGGAGAGAUGUCGCUCCACGCUCGCAUUAGAGAAUGCUAUAUUUGUCUUGCCUGGUGUGUGUGGGGUUGGGGGAGGGGGGGCGCGCGCAUGUUGCUGCAUAAGCCUGCUGUCGCUUUCAGUCCCAAAGUGUCACUGCUGAUCUCCUGCCCAAUAUUAUACAAGCACGGGAGACGGAUAUUUGCUCUUUUUCUGAGGGAAAGAUUAAAAUGCAACCAGAUUAGUCGCGUGUGAACCGCUUCAUCCGUUUGGGGGGGGGGUUACGUGCAUGUUCUGUAACACGUUUAAAAUCCAUUUCUGUAGCAGCUGGAUUUGAUCGCAUUCAAGUGGAAGUUUCUGCCACUCUUCAGAGGGAGAAAGUGGACGCAGGUCAUUUAAAAGUCAAGCUGCUGUACAUCAACAUCAACACACCCCCUAACUCUUGGUUCCGGGUCAUCGUGCCGCGCUCGUUCUUCUCGCCCACGGGGAGGAUCCAUAUCGACUUCGGAGUGUGUUGUGUUGCCUUUUUAUUGUUGUUCGCACACAGCCUGAAUUAAAAUGUAUUCGAUGUUUGGUGUGAUGUCGGGCGCCGGCAUGAUUUUCGUAUCAAGAAACCGCCGCUCUAGUUCUAUACAACACGGGGGGGGGGGACUUCACAAACGGCACCCGAAUAGUUAUCAGCAGAUAAUUUGAGGUAGAAAAAAAACCCAAAGUUCAGUUCUAGUGUUUUUUUUCAUUUAAGCGUGCGUUGCAUGAACUCUAUUUAACCGUUUUCUAAAAGUAAAACAUGGUAGCAUGGCUUUGCCCCUCGAAGGGGGGGGGGGGGGGACCCUCUGCUCAUCAGGGGCUGCCAAAAAAAAAAAAAAACUACAAACGUUGAAAGCAUGGCCGCCAUGUGACCUUUAACGAAGUACACUUUCCCGCUUUCAGGCAGUGAAUAUUAGCCGAGUCGUGCGUCUGGUCUCAAGUUGUCCCGCCGUAUCCACGGCAACGGUUUUAGACGACAACGCUUGGUAGCCGUAGUGCUGUAGGUGUUCAGCAGUUUGCUCUUAGACGCGCUGCCGGUUAUUCGCUCCCGCUGCGGCGCUUUGAAACGCACGUGACGCCUCUCUGCAGCUCUCACACGGCCCGGUGACAUGCAAGGUUUAGUUUUUAUUUCUUUCAUUUUAUGUACAUAGCUUACAGAAACAAAUGUACAUAAUACAUGGCUGUUAUUUUUUUAUUAUUUAAUGUUGGAAGUGUUGAGUACAUUCAAUAUUGUUCUAUGAUUGUAUGUUGACAAAUUGACAGUUUUGAAAGUUGCAUUUUUUGGAAUAAAAUUAACAUCUCUACGAUA